AAGUGAGUGAAAAUGAAAAUGAAGUAUGAAAGUAAGUAAAAUAAGUUUGGAAAUAAAUGGAAGAGAGUUCACAAUGAAAUUUGAUUAAAAAGUUAGAAUUAAGAAAUAAGCAACUUUUGAAUUGCACAUUAAGAAAAAGAGUAAAAUAUUGAUUUGAUAUGAAGAGGUAGGGAGGAAGAUGAAGGAGAAGAGGAGAUUGAAUGCAGAGAUAAUAGAUAGCUACGAAGAAGCAAAACACGAAUAAUAAUUAUUAUAAGAAAUAAAGAAAAAGAAAACGCGAUCGUUAAAAUAAAAAAAAUAAAACUAAAUUAUAAGAGAGAGAGAGAGAGAGAGAGAGAGAGGAAAAUAAGAGAGAGAGAGACAGAGGUUGAAGGACAGAGAGAAAGCAAACGAAAGUUCGAAGCUCCGAAGAUUCGGACCGAGCCACUUAGCUUCAAUUUUCUCUUCAAUUUGUCAAGUUUGUCAAAGGUCAGAGCUGAAGCAAUCGCUAUGUCUUUGUUGUUCAAAUGCUAUUGAGCUUAGUCGGCGAGAUUCAAUGUGCUUCAUAUCUCUGCAAUUUGUGCUCUGUUCACUCCACUCGACUUUGCUCAACUUACUGAUCUCUUUAUUUGGCUUCGAAAUUUCGUGUUUCGAACUUCAGGGCUUGCGAAUUCUGUUCAAAGAAUGAUGGGUUUGUAUUGGUUCUUCGACCCAAUUCGCGUUUUUCAGUAGUUGUUGAUUUCUUUGUUUGUUCCCGUGUUCUGAACUUGGGUUUCGUUGUUUUUCGAAGUUAGGGUUUUUAUUUGCUAUUGUUUUGCAAUAGGUUUGAUUUGGUUUUUGAAAUUUUGGCGGGAUUUAGUGAGCCAUGUAGUGGGUUUAACUUCUAGGGUUGUGGUUUUUGAGAAGUUGCGAUUUCGAGUUGCAUUUUGUGCUUUGUAGUUGGGGAAAGAAAAGGAUCAGUUGGAAAUAUGAUUGCUGCAAUUCUGAUGAAAUCCGUCCUGGGAUUUCCUUGAUCUGUUGGGGUUGAAUUUUGGGAACUGGUUCAAAUGAUGCCGACCUUGAAAAAUUAACCUGCAUUGAUUGAUAUGUGGGGGUGAAAUUUUCGUGUUUCUUUUUUCUUUUUCUUCGAUUGUUGGCCAAGUUUCGUGUCUGUAAUUGAGUGAUUCUGUAAAGGGUGUGUGAAUCUGUCUGCUGAGAAAUGCAACCUCAGCAGAGCUUGAGAAUUGACUUGGGUGAAUUGAAAUCUCAGAUAGUGAAGAAACUUGGAGCCGAUCGGUCAAAACGGUACUUCUUUUACUUGAAUAGGUUCCUGAGUCAAAAGCUGAGUAAGAAUGAGUUUGAUAAGUCAUGUUGUCGUGUACUCGGAAGGGAGAAUCUUUGGCUGCAUAAUCAAUUGAUACAGUCAAUUUUGAAGAAUGCUUGUCAAGCUAAGGUGGCACCACCAAUACCUGUUGCAGGCUAUCCGAAAACAUCAACGCAAUCUGCAAAAAUUUCCCCUCUCGUAGAAGAUGGGAAUGAAGAUGGUGGAGCUGUUUUUCCUACUUCAACGCAAAAUAUUCCCGGUUGGUCCAAUGGAGUUUCACCAAGAAAGUGCAGGUCUGGGAUACGUGAUCGCAAGCUCAAAGACAGACCCAGUAUACUGGGGCCAAAUGGGAAGGUUGAAUGUAUCUCACAUCUAUCAGCCAACAUGGAUAAUGGUGAUGCAACACUAUGUGACUAUAAGAGACCAGUGCAGAAUCUGCAAGGAAUUGCUGAACUACCUGAAAACAAUAUUGAGGUCAGAGUUCCACAACCGUCAGGAAAGCAAGACCUACAAAAUAAGAUCCAGGUUGAAGCAACCAAGGUUGAAGACAGGGAAGAAGCAGGACAGUCAAAUCACUCGAGUUUGCUUCGGAGCCGAUUACUUGCACCUCUUGGGAUUCCUUUUUGCUCAGCUAGUAUCGGUGGGGCUCGCAAAACAAGGCCAGUGGAUUGUGGGGGAGAUUUUAGCUUAAGUGAUGUUGGUCAUUUGUUGGAUACUGAGUCGUUGAGACGACGCAUGGAACAAAUUGCUGCUGUACAGGGCCUGGGCAGUGUUUCUGCAGAUUGUGCUAAUAUUUUGAAUAAGGUGUUGGAUGUAUAUUUGAAGCAGUUAAUUAGGUCUUGUGUUGACUUAGUUGGAGCGUGGCCUGCAUAUGAGCCUGAGAAACCUCUUUCUCAUAAGCAGCAGUUUCAGGGGAAGGUUAUUAAUGGCAUGUUGCCAAAUAAUCAAUUACACGGACGACAUAGCAAUGGAAGCGAAGAAGUUGUGCACGAGCACAGGUUACAAUGUUCGAUAUCGUUGCUUGACUUCAAGGUAGCAAUGGAGCUUAAUCCAACACAAUUAGGGGAAGACUGGCCUUUGUUACUGGAGAAAAUUUGUAUGCGUACCUUCGGGGAAUGAAACCACUCUGAUAUUUCUGUUUAUCCCAUUCCACAGUGUAGCUGACCUGUCACAGUUCAAAGGGGUUGAGAAUUGAGCUCAAAGACCUCUCAGCUCUACUCAUUUGUGAGUAAACAAAAAUUGCCCAAAUCUUGAUAGAAGCCCUGGCUUGCAAGAAUUCAAGCAGAUCAAACAUCAAUAUUGAUUUUCAUUCUUGGGAAUCAUUUAACUGUGACUAAGCUUGGACACUGUCAGCCAGAAUGCCCAUCAGCGAUUGAUCUACGUUUCAUCUUUAACCAUGAUUUAAGGGUCUCAAGCUUUUCAUGUAAAUUUAGAUCACUGAGGAAUUAUACGAAAUUUUGCAGAGAUACAGUUUGUAGCUUGGUGAGAGGUAACCACUGGUGCAAGAACUUAGUGAUGCUAUUUGUGUAUUUAAAUCUGAGAAUUGAUUUGAAUUUCAUAUGAAUAACUCAUCAACAGACAACAAUCUGCAGAUAGCUCUGUAUUUCGUGCU